CCCAAUUCUUACAGAAAUGGGCCCCUUCCUGUAGCAGCACACACAAAGCGCAAAGCAGCAGCAGCAGCACACCAUGAGCAGGCAGGGCGUGCGGCCCCAGCCGCUGCCCCCGGGCUUGAAGGUGGACUUCAAUGCGCUCAGAGCGCCGUCAGGCUAUGUGGCGGGCAUGGGGCGCGGCGCGGCGGGCUUCACCACCCGCUCGGAUAUCGGCCCGUCGAUGCCCGCCCCAGACGUGAAGAAAGACAAGGCAGGCACCCGUGCUGGCGGUCUGGUUGCCGACGCGGAUGCGGGCGCCGACGACACCAAGUUUGACGCCUUCCUGGGGAACGAUGCGGGGGUGCUGGGAGCCACGGGGGUGUAUGAUGAGGAGGAUCGGGAGGCCGACAAUGUGUGGGACAAUGUGGAGGACCGAAUGGAUGAGCGGCGCAAGGAGCGGCGCGAGACGAAGCUGAAGGAGGAGCUGGAGCAGUUCCGCGCGGAGAACCCCAAGAUCCAGGAGCAGUUUGCCGACCUGAAGCGCAAGCUGGCGGAUGUGCCCAUGGAGCAGUGGGAGGCCAUCCCCGACAUUGGCGACUACACGGUGAAGAAGCAGAAGCACCUGGACCGCUUCACCCCCGUGCCCGACUCGCUGCUGGCGGGCGCGGCGGCGCGCGACGCCACCGCCACCGCCAUCGACGCGCACGGCCCCGGCGGCUUGGAGACGCCCAUGGGCGGCGGCAUCACCACCGACCUGACGGCCAUGGGCGCGGGGCGCAACACGGUGGUGCAGCUGAAGCUGGACAAGAUCUCCGACUCGGUCAGCGGGCAGACGGUGGUGGACCCCAAGGGAUACCUCACAGACCUCAAGUCGGUCACGCUCAAGUCGGACGCGGAGAUCAGCGACAUCAAGAAGGCACGGCUGCUGCUGAAGAGCGUGAUCAACACCAACCCGCGCCACGCGCCCGGCUGGAUCGCGGCGGCGCGCCUGGAGGAGGUGGCCGGCAAGCUGCAGCAGGCAAGCGGGCUGCCCUGGCACGCCUGCAGCAGGACGGCGGGCUGCUGCGAGCUGUGCCCCAGCAACGAGGACGUGUGGCUGGAGGCGGCGCGCCUGCAGACGGCCGAGAACGCCAAGGCCAUCCUGGCUCGCGGCGUGGCGGCGCUGCCCGACAGCGUCAAGCUCUGGAUGCAGGCGGCGCGGCUGGAGCAGAGCGACGACGCCAAGAAGCGCGUGCUGCUCAGGGCCCUGGAGCGCAUCCCGCAGUCGGUGCGGCUGUGGAAGGCGGUGGUGGAGAUUAGUGAGGAGGACGACGCGAGGGUGCUGCUGUCGCGCGCCGUGGAGUGCUGCCCCCAGCACGUGGAGCUGUGGCUGGCGCUGGCGCGGCUGGAGGCGUAUGAGAAUGCGCGCAAGGUGCUGAACAAGGCGCGGCAGGCGGUGCCCACCUCGGCGGAAGUGUGGAUCACAGCCUCCAAGCUGGAGGAGGCCAACGGGCAGGCCGCCAUGCCCGACAAGAUCAUCCCCCGCGGCAUCAAGAGCCUGGCCACCAACGGCGUGGUCAUAGACCGGGACUGGUGGCUCAAGGAGGCGGAGGCGUCAGAGAAGAGCCAGCCGCCGAUGGCGGCCACGUGCCGGGCGAUCGUCAAGGAGGUGGUGGGGCACGGCGUGGAGGAGCAGGACCGCAAGCGCACGUGGAUGGCGGAUGCGGAGGAGUGCAUGCGGCGGGGCUCUGUGGAGACGGCGCGAGCCAUCUACGCCCACGCCCUCUCCGUCUUCCCAGGCAAGAAGAGCAUCUGGCGGCGCGCGGCGCAGCUGGAGAAGGCGGCGGGCAGCCGGGAGAGCCUGGAUGCGCUGCUGCGCAAGGCGGUACAGUACUGCCCACAGGCGGAGGUACUGUGGCUCAUGGCGGCCAAGGAGAAGUGGCUGUCAGGGGACGUGGCCGGGGCUCGGUCCGUGCUGGAGGAGGCGUUUGUGCGCAACCCGGACAGCGAGGAGAUCUGGCUGGCGGCGUUCAAGGUGGAGUUUGAGAACGCUGAGCUGGACCGCGCCAGGCUGAUUCUGGCCAAGGCGCGGGAGCACCCGCCGGCCAGCACGGCGCGCGUGUGGAUGAAGUCUGCGAUGGUGGAGCGCGAGGCGGGGGCGGCGGGGGCGGAGCGGGAGCUGCUGCAGGAGGGCAUCCGCCGCUUCCCGUACUUCUGGAAGCUGCACAUCAUGCUGGGGCAGCUGGAGGAGCGGCUAGGCAACGCCGACGCGGCGCGGCUCGCGUACGCGGCCGGCAUCAAGCGCUGCCUGGACUGCAUACCGCUCUGGGUGUCUGCGGCGCGGCUGGAGGAGCGGGCGGGCAACGUGGCAAAGGCGCGCGCGCUGCUGGAGCAGGCACGCCUCAAGAACCCCAAGAACGCGCAGCUGUGGCUGGCUGCCGUGCGCACCGAGCUGCGGGCGCAGAACCAGAAGGCUGGGGAGGCGCUCAUGGCCAAGGCGCUGCAGGACUGCCCGGACAGCGGGCCGCUGUGGGCGGAGACCAUCAACAUGGCGCCCCGCCCGCAGCGCAAGAGCAGAUCGGUGGAUGCGCUGAAGAAGUGUAAUGACGACCCUCACGUCGUGGCGGCCGUGGCGGCGCUGUUCUGGCUGGACCGCAAGGUGGACAAGGCGCGCUCCUGGUUCAACCGAGCGGUCACGCUCAACCCGGACGUGGGCGACUUCUGGGCCUCCUACCUCAAGUUCGAGACGCAGUUUGGUAGCCCCGAGCAGCAGGAGGGCGUGGUGAAGCGGUUCCUGGCGGCGGAGCCGCACCACGGCGAGCGCUGGCAGCGGGUGGCCAAGGACGCGGCCUGCGCGCACCAGAAGUCAGAGGUGGUGCUCAAGCGGGUGGUGCUGGACCUGGACAAAGAGCUGUAGGGAGGUAGGGAGCGGGGGGCUGCCCGCCCAGGCCCCAGCACCGCCUCCCGCCUCCCCAGCACCGGCCUGCCGGCCUGGGCAUCAGGCCGGGGCCGGUGCACCCUUGCGCUGCGACGUGUGUUGACCUGCCGUGUUGCGUUGAACCUAGCACUGACCUCCGCCGUCCACUGUGAUGGCUGAUCCCGCUUUGCUGUACCAUUUUGCUGUGACCUCGGGACGCUG